CUCAAACCGCCCAGGGGCACCAGGCCGUAAAUUGGACCAAACAGCAUUCCGCAUUCACACCCCCUGUUGGUCCGUGCUGAAGCCACUAGUCCUGGCAAUGUCUUAUCCCCUUUUGAGGGCGAGAACAGGUUCCCAGCGCUUCAGGACGCGACCCUCACGUCCCCUUUUUUAUCUUUCCCCUCCCCGUCUCUUCCCCUACGGCUCUGCCGUUCCCCGGAACUUGCAUAUCAAGUCCCAUCAAAAUGGAGUCAUCCCAGGUCCUCUCUCUUUCCAGACGCGCAGUCGCCAUUGCGAUGCCUCUGUGGGCACGCGACGACUCGGAUUCCUCGUCUGGCGAGAAGCCCGUCAGCAAUUUCCUCAAGAGCGGUGUGCCGGGCAUCAUCGUUGGCAUAUUCUUCCUCAUCGCAGUUUCUGUAUGCUGCUAUUUCCUCUAUCGCAACAAAAAGCGAGAUGCUAAAGAAGCCGCGGCGGUACGAGACUGGAAUGAUGCAUGACCACGGAUGAUCUGCAGCAUCAUUGGCACACCAAUCUCGACGUUGUGCUACCAGGGCUGGACCUAUCCUUCCUCCCUCUCUCUCUCUUCCUCUCCUUCUGCUCUAUUACUCUUUUUAUUCUCCUCCCACCCUGACCUUCAGCUCUUUCUCUCUUACUCCGUUACCUACUAUCAGCCUUUGUUCAAUUUCUCUUUUCUAUCCGGUCUUUGGAGUUUAAGCGGGUUCGGUUCGUCUUAUACCUCUAUUAUCGUCCUCGACAAAAUUUCCUUGUCUGUUGGCAGAGCAUCUCUCUCGACUGGUCCGCCAUCCUACGUUUCGCAUGGCACGUCGCAUUUGAAAUCCACUGAACGCAUCAACGAACAUGUACUAUCAGUCCUACGUCUCUGCCCUUUUGAUGUCUUGGCGCGUGGCCUGCCCAAUUUGCCAUGUAUUACUAUCCAAUUGAGGCUGGCACCCCUUGGCCGAUACCUGACUUGGGAUGGCCGAGCGACAAGCACUCACCAGUUACUUUCAGACCCUCUGUAGAUCGUUCUGCACUGAAUAGUGCAUAUGUUGUACAGUAUGCAUUGCAUGGUUGUUCUAGAAACAACGACAAACAAAGUUUUUCCAACGGUUCUCAAAAUAGCUUUUCUCCUGCCCGUUUGGGCUAGCAGAGUUUGUUUAGUUCUUCUGUUUCGGGCAAGUCCAGUAUGUGGAACCAGACCCACGUGAGAACCAGAUUCGGAGACUCCCUCACUGAGAUCCUCACAUUCCAUACUCUGGAAAUAGAUAAUUUUGCUCUUACAACGGUCAAACUGCGUGUGGCAGGGUCUCCUGAACAGGAUUAAUCAGGACAAGGUCAAAAAUAAUAUAUUUUUCUGGCGCAACUAUUUCUACUUUGAUGCGCAAGUAUAAGCUCUGAAUUCAAAGACAUCUGCGAUGGAGAAGAAAAUUCUACUCUAGUUACCAAAUAUAACAUCCAAAACAUCACCUAUAGCU